ACAAAUCGACAGCAUGUAUGCAGUGUUUAUACAUGUCUUCAGAAAUUCUUACUUCAAUCUUUAAGGAAUGAUGUGAAAUGGGGAUAUCAUUACUUAGGAGGGGAGGACCUUAAAGUUAGGACAACUAGACAGAAUAUGGCAACAACGCGAUCCAUCAGACAGGAUUUCUCGUCAGAUCGUGUUCUUACCCUGUUUUGAAGUUAAAUUUGCAUUGAGAAAAUUAUAUCAGAUAUGAACUACGUAAUUAAGGGAGAUGGAUUUUCGCCCCAACUGCCGAUGUUAUCCCUUCCGCUUCAAAGAAUGCUUCUUUUUGACCAGCGUCGUCUUCUUGCUCUGGUACUGCGUUGGGAUUUUGCUGAACCACAAGCCAAUUGAUGAUCCAUUGAGACAAACUGCAAAGAGGACCAGCGAAAUUAAAGAUGUUCGCAAUAAAAAGACAAACCGUCAACAAAAAGAACAUGUAUCUUCAUUGAAUAAAACAUGGCUCCCUUGGAAGAAGAUUGGCAGCCAAGGAGUUUACCGCGCAUGCGUGAAGAGACCGGAACCGGAAGCAAUGAGAGAGGUCAUUACAGGGGAGCUUAUCCUGCAAGACAUAGCCAGCAAACUCACAAUUGAGGCAUGCGUUGAGGCUUGUAUUCAGUUGGUGUUUACGUACGCAUCACUGAGUCGUGGUCGUGAAUGCUACUGCACAGACCUUUCAUCAAAAUCACAGUUCUUGUCGUACGAAGACAGCGCCCUCUGCGACGUGAAAUGUACAGGGGACAUGUAUCACAACUGCGGAGGGGAUAACUAUAUGUCCGUUUAUAGGACGUCCGUACCAGAUGCUAGAUGUUCCGCCAUUAAACUGGGCACCCCCGGUUCGCUCCCGCUCAUUGCAUUGGCUUCGUACCCCCGGUCAGGCAAUACAUGGACGCGACAUCUCAUCCAGAAAGCAACAGGAACAUACACAGGGAGUGUUUAUUGGGAGGGUGAAAGGGAACUGGAAGUUGCAAAGAAAGAGUUCUUGGGAGGAAUCGUAGACUACAAAAACAAGGACACAAUCUGCGUCAAGACCCAUAAGUUUGACAGGGACAAGUUUGCGGGUGCCAUCAUGCUUAUUCGGAAUCCUUACCGAUCGAUCGUUUCCGAAGUUUUCCGAAGACAAAUGUUCGUCUCAGGAGCCACGCGUGAGCAAGUUGUCAAAUAUUUCACAUCAAAAGAGUGGAAAAGAUAUGUUGAUGAAGAAAUCAAGAACUGGAAAUUAAUGAAUCUGCACUGGAUACAGAGUCGGAAACCAUUUCUUCCGAUCUUUUACGAAGAUCUCGAAGCCGAGACCGUCCGAAAGUUGACGGAGAUGGUCGAGUUUCUCAAUCGACCGGUGGAACUCGAACGGAUCGUCUGCGCAACUCAAGAUCGCCCAUCCUCCUUGGCAACAAGCCCCUCCCUUGGUAAAGACGGCAGGAAGAUGCGCGUUUAUCUCACCGAGGACCCUUUCACAUCUGAAAUGCAUCAGAAAAUUGAUCAAAGUAUACAACUCGUCAACAGAACUCUUUUUAAAUUCCACAGGAAAGUUUUACCCACGGAAUACCUGAAGAAAACCGAUAUAUUCUAAAAGCUAUCAGGGUUAUGUUGUUUUCAAAUUAAGUCUGCAUGAUUUGACCUUCGAGUCAGAGGAAUCUUUCAGACCUUGGGGUGUUUCUGAAAGAACGAUGCCAGGUUUUGUUUAAAUUCUGGUUUAAAGUUGUGAUUUAACUAUGGAUAGCCAAUAGUGGCAUAAAUAUCUUACAGUGGAAUUUCAAUGUAUCAGCUUAUUUCUCUCUCAAAUCAUUCUUUUUUCGUAAGGAUAAAAAAGAUAGCUUUUUCCAUCAAUCACGAAUUAGGAAAGAGCACAGUAAACAUAAGAAACAUACAAUGCAUACAAAUUUUGACAUUUUCUGCUUUCCAUAAUCAUUUUAGCACAGAGUUGGACCAUGGCCACGGUAUCUAACCCGUGCGCCCUCUGAGCAUGAUAAUAGAAACGGACAAGCAGAAAUUGUCUGGAUGGAAGACAAUAACAUUCCCGCUCACUCACGUAUAACGAAUUCAAAAUUUUAUGAAAUAUUCAUAAUAAGAUCAACAUUUUGAUGGUAUAUCUUGACCCGGGAGCUUAAUGAGAGUCCUCAUUUUGAUAGAAUCAGCGCCACCUAGCGGCCUCAUUCUGCCAUUGUUAAAUGGAUGCUCCAGUCUGAAGAUAUUUAUAUCUCAAUAAACAUAGUAAAAAUCACAGAGCAAAAUGUUGAAAAUUUUAUCAAAAUCGGAUAACAAAUAACGAGGUUAAUUUUAAAGAAUUGCAUCAUUCCAGUGAAACAGUUCUAGGCAUGUCUUCAUGAAUAUUCAUUAGCUAGGCUGAUUAUGUCAUAUCACCAGUUGUUCUUUUUUAUUAUUUAAAAUUAGGUUUAUCAUAAAAUUUCUACCAAGAACUAAAAUAAUUGGAUUGACAACUGAUUAAGUGCGUUAGUUAUUUAUUGCUGCAACUUAUUUCAUCAUAAUGGAGACACAUCAUUUACACAUUUCUGAAAAAAUGAAGCAAUUAUGAUGUCAUGUAAUAACAUAAGAAAAAGGAAAGUGGGGAUGUGACAUCAUCAGCCCACCUAAUGAAUAUUCAUGAAGACAUGCCUAAAACUGUUUCACCGGAAUAAUGCAAAUGUUUAAAAUUCGAUAACUUCGUUAUUUGUUAUCCGAUUUUGAUCAACUUUUCAGCAUUUUACUUUUCUUUUUUUUUUGAGGGGGGAGGGCGCUUUGUCUAGUCACACUAACAAACCUGACUCCAGACUGAUCUAAGCUAUUACGUUAUUUGGUCGGCUUGGAGUCGGUUUCGGUUACAGUCACACCAACGAAACCGACUCCAGACCGAUCAAAGCUAUUACGUUAUUACCAAUGACAUACCAUUGGUCGGUUUGGAGUCGGUUUCGGUUACAGUCACACCAACGAAACCGACUCCAGACCGAUCAAAUACCUUAUUUCAAAUGGCAUAACAUCGGAUUGGAGUCGGUUUCGGUUACAGUAACACCAAUGAAACCGACUCCAGACCGAUCAUAUCUAUUACGCUAUUACUAGUGACAUACCAUCGGUCGGUUUGGAGUCGGUUUCGGUUACAGUCACACCAACGAAACCGACUCCAGACCGAUCAUAUAUAUUACGUUAUUACCAAUGACAUACCAUCGGUCGGUUUUGAGUCGGUUUCGGUUACAGUCACACCAACGAAACCGACUCCAGACCGAUCCAAUACUUAGUACCUUAUUUCAAAUGGCAUGUCAUCGGUCGGUUUGGAGUCCGGUUUCAAUGGUGUAAAGAAUACGGGUCUUCCUGGAGCGAUUGAUGGGCCCUCCACCCCCCCCCCCCCGGAAAUCAGAGAUUCAAAUUUUCAACCCAGUUAUCCAUUAGUCUGCUAUGGAGACUCUGACUGGCUCGUGAGGUGGGAUCCAGCGCGCUGCUGGUUUGCGAAGCAAAAAAAGGGCGAGCGAAGCGAACCAUCCACAUCUGCAGCCACAGUAGACCUAGUCUGCAUAACUCAUUUAAUCAGCUAUGGUACACACACUGGGUCUACAUAUUUAUAGACUAGUUAUCCAUUAUGAAUGGCUGAGACUAGUUCCAUUUGAGAGCAACAUUACCAGUAUACGAUUUUGAAGGGGUCAUUAGUCACGUUAGUAACUACUGUUGCAUCAACAAAGUUUGGCGAAAGUCACCUGCCCCCAAAACUCUUCAUUCUGUGAAAGAUGUCCCAUAAAUAAUCAGUGAAUAAAGAUUUUGUUUUUAGUUCUUAAGUGAAGAACCUGUAGACAAUGCCUGAUCACAGGGGACCAAGGGGGCCUGUGCUGGAGCCCCUAAUUAAUUUUAACUUUUUUGGGGGGAGGUGGCAAUUGCUGCCAUGACGGUGUCCUUUUACUAUUUAGAUCGAAAGAAAAAUUGUGUUUGCCACUGCCCCAUGUAAUUUUUUUUUCUCAUGAAAAAUGCAAAGAUAUAUAAAAUGAAGAGAUAUAUAAAAUGUUUAAACCAUGAAAUACAUGAAUAAAAUGAAUAUCUGAAUCAA